AUGUCGGGUGGCUCAGCUUAUGACCGACACAUUACAAUCUUCUCCGAGCAGGGAAGAUUGUACCAAGUCGAAUAUGCCUUUAAGGCAAUCACAGCUGCCAACAUCAUGUCGAUAGGUGUCAGAGGCAAGGACUGCGCCGUCGUCCUGUCUCAAAAGAAGGUGCCUGAUAAGCUCAUCGACCCCGCCUCCGUCUCCCACAUCUUCCAGAUCUCUCCUUCUGUUGGCUGCGUGAUGACGGGCUCCAUUGCCGAUGCCCGUGCCUUCUCUCAGCGUGCUCAGGGUGAGGCUGCAGAGUUCCGGUACAAGUACGGCUACGAGAUGCCCGCUGAUGCCUUGGCCAAGAGACUGGCCAACAUCAGCCAGGUCUACACACAAAGAGCUUACAUGCGCCCGUACGGUGUUGCGACGACGCUGAUCUCAUUGGACUCGGAGUUUGGACCUCAGCUGUUCAAGUGCGAUCCUGCCGGAUACUACAUUGGCUACAAGGGCACCGCUGCUGGCCCUAAGCAGCAGGAGGCACUCAACCACCUCGAGAAGAAGCUGCGUAACAAGGAUCACGCCCCCGGCGACUGGACAGAAGUUGUCGAGCUUGCCAUUACGACGCUCAGUACCGUUCUCAGCAUGGACUUCAAGAAGGGUGAGAUCGAGAUCGGUAUUGUGGGAGGCCCCCGCGCGGAUGGCAAGGAGGGUACGGACCCCGGUUUCCGUACACUGACUGAGGAUGAGAUCGACGAGCGGUUACAAGCGAUUGCGGAGAAGGAUUAA